AAGAAUUACAGAAGCGCAGAGACAGACUGAGGACAUGUAGGGACCCGAGGAUCUACUUAUUCUAUAUUUAUAUACACAAUAUUUAUACACUGAUGGAAAUCCUGCUUCUCCUCGCGCUCGGGGUUCAUCUGACAGCAGCAGAUACACACACUUACUGGCACUUCCUCACAGCAGUUACACCAGGAAUAAAUUUUCCAGAAUUCACUAUUGUGGUUCUGCUGGAUGGAGUGCAGUUUGAGUACUACGACAGUAACAUCAGGGAGGCGAUCCCAAAGACUGAGUGGAUACAGAAAAAUGAAGGUGCAGAUUACUGGGAUGAAAGCACACAUACUGGACAGGUUCAGGAGGAGAUCUUCAAACGCAAUGUGGAUACGGGAAUGCAGCGCUUUAAUCAGACUGAAGGUGUUCACACAGUCCAGAUGAUGUGUGGCUGUGAGCUGGAUAAUGACGGCACCACUAGAGGAUACACACAGUACAGUUAUGAUGGAGAAGAUUUCCUCAGCUUUGAUCUGGAGACUCUGACCUGGAUCGCUCCGACACCUCAGGCUCUGAUCACCAAGAACGAGUUGGAUCAAACAGGAGCUGCGGCUAAUCAGUGGAAGAACUACCUAGAGAACACCUGUAUCGAGGAGUUAAAGAGACACCUGAAUUAUGGCAGAGAGACUCUGGAGAGGACAGUUUGUCCUGAGGUGUCAGUGUUCCAGAAACACUCGUCUCCUUAUCCAGAGGUGGUGUGUCAGGCUACAGGUUUCUUCCCCAAAGCAGUGAUGAUCACCUGGCAGAAGGACGGAGAGGACGUGCAUGAGGACAUGGUGGACCUCAGAGAGACGUUACCCAACCAGGAUGGAAGCUUCCAGAAGAGAAGCAUUCUGAAAGUCCCAGCUGAGGAGCUGCAGAAACACACCUACACCUGCGUGGUUCAGCACAGCAGCUUGGAGAAGGAGUUAGUGCGAGAAAUACCAAAAGGUGGAGGAUCGAUUGAUGUCAUCAUUGGUGUAAUUGCGGCUCUCGUCGCUCUUGCUGCUCUCGCCGGUUGUGUUGGUUUUCUCGUCUGGAGGAACUCGUCUGGUGAGAGGAAUAAAGCCUUUGAACCAGUUCCACAAAACUCCUCACCACCCACUGAUGAUGAUUCUUCCUCCAACAACUCUAACAACAAACUGUGACUGUGUGACUUCCUGCUGAACUGAGAGAGUAAGACAUGGUGUAGUUUACAGUCUAAUAUGGAAUAAACAUCUGUGUGUGGAGAGAAAAUCCAGCAGAAAAGUAACAUUCAGUCUCAGCUCAGAGCUCAUCCUGUUUCUGUCUGUUUCUCUAGGAGAGACGAAGAGCGAGGGAGAAGGAAGACUCUCAACACACACACACACACACACACACACACACACACACACACACUAUUCCAGUGUGUAAUCCUGGUGUAUAAUUUGAUUAUGAAUCUGUUGUUAUUGCUGUAAAAUUGGAUUAUUGGGGACUGAUACAGUUUCUUGUUGGAGGUUUUAGUUUUUGCACUAUGUAAAUACUCUGAGUUUUAUAUGUACUUGAGUUUAAUGUGUUUCAGGAGUGUGUAUGAGCUUCUUUACUCUGUACAUAAUGUAUAUCACAUGAUUUCCUGUAGAGUUUAAUAGGGAUGAUGAGGUCA